CCGGGCACCGAGGUGCAGAUGAGCCAGCUGGUGCUGCCCUGCCACAGCAACCACCGCGGCGAGCUGGGCGCCGGCCAGCUGCUCAAGUGGAUGGACACGGCCGCCUGCCUCUCGGCCGAGCGCCACGCGGGCUGCCCCUGCGUCACCGCCUCCAUGGACGACAUCUACUUCGAGCACACCAUCAGCGUGGGGCAAGUGGUCAACAUCAAGGCCAAGGUGAACCGAGCCUUUAACUCCAGCAUGGAGGUGGGCAUCCAGGUGAGCCACGAGGAGCUGUGCAGCGGGCGGCGGUGGAGCACGUGCAAGGCAUUCGCCACCUUCGUGGCGCAGGGCCAGGGUGACGCCAAGGUGAAGCUGAAGCCGCUGAGCCCGCAGACGGAGGAGGAGAAGAUCGAGCACAGCAUCGCCGCCGAGCGCCGCCGCAUGCGCCUGGCCCACAAGGACACGCUCAAGGACCUGCUCGCCCGCUGCCCCCAGCCGGAGACGCGGGAGGGCAGCGCGGUGGUGCCGGCGGCCGAGACGCGCGUGGAGAGCGUGGAGCUGGUGCUGCCGCCGCACGCCAACCACCAGGGCAACGCCUUCGGCGGGCAGAUCAUGGCCUGGAUGGAGAACGUGGCCACCAUCGCCGCCAGCCGGCUCUGCCGCGCGCACCCCACGCUCAGCGCCAUCGAGAUGUUCCACUUCCGCGGGCCCUCCCACGUGGGCGACCGCGUCCUGCUCAAGGCCAUCGUCAACAACGCCUUCAAGAACAGCAUGGAGGUGGGCGUCUGCGCCGAGGCCUACGGGCAGGAGCCGGCGCCGAGCCGGCGCCACAUCAACAGCGCCUUCAUGACCUUCGUGGUGCUGGACGAGCAGGGCCGGCCGCGCGCGCUGCCCCGGCUGCAGCCCGAGCCGCAGGAUGGAGAGAGGAGGUACAGAGAGGCCAGCGCUAGGCAGAAGAUUCGGCUGGACAGGAAAUACAUCGUGUCCUGCAGGCAGUCCGAGGUGCCGCUCUCCGUGCCCUGGGACCAAAGCAACAAGGUUUAUCUCAGCUACAACAACGUCUCUGCGCUGAAGACUCUGGUCGCCAAAGCCAACUGGGUCCUUGCCAGAGAGCAGGAGAAGGUGCGGAUGUACACGCUGGAGGAGGACCAGUUCCUCUCCUUCCGCAUGGAGAUCACGGUCCGCAUCACGGCAGCCCAGGCCUUCUCGCUGCUGUCCGACCCGCGGCGGCGGCACGAGUGGGACGGCCACUACGCGACCGCCGAGCUGGUGCAGCAGGUGGACGAGGACGACGCCAUCUACCACGUGGUGAGCCGGACGCCGAGCCCGGAGAACAAGCCGCAAGACUUCGUCAUCCUGGCGUCGCGGCGCAAGCCCUGCGACAAGGGGGACCCCUACGUGGUGGCCUUCCGCUCGGUGACGCUGCCCACCCACCCUCCCACCAACACCUUCACGCGCAGCGAGACGCUGUGCUCGGGCUUCUGCAUCUGGCCGGAGACGGAGGAGACCAGCAAGGUGGCCUACUACAACCAGGCCACUCCGGCCUACCUCAACUACGUGACGACCAACAUCGCGGGCCUCUCCUCCAACUUCUACGCCACCUUUGUGGCCUGCGAGAAGUUCCUGCUGAAGAACAAGGACGAGGACGAGCUCAUCCUGCGCCUCCGGGAUCUCUAGCGGUCGCUUUAGAUGAGCAGCUCGUUAGUGGCAUUACUAGAGAGGAGGCUGAAGAGGGUGAUGGGGUAGAAGAUGCAGGGGUGAGAGGCAGGGGGCAACAGUGGCUGCCCCGUGGCCACUGCUGGUCCUGGUGUGGUGACCUGCGGUGUCACAGCCCGGCACAACCCCGCGCCCCGGAGCCUCCCAAACGCCCUGCCCUUGCCUUCCUUUUCUGAUUUUCUAAGCUGAUGCAUAGGAAUCGACCUUUCCAGCUCCGUUAAUGCUACUUGAAUCUUUGUACGAUCAAACUGUAACAGAUUUUUUUUU